CACCAUUCUCCUUUGAACCAGGAAACAGAGAGAGACAAGAGGCUCCGACCGAACAGUAGUAAGAACCAAGAAACUAGAAUCCCCUUCAAAAUCAAAUACGACGGUCGAGAUUGAAUCGCAAAAAUGUCGUGGCAGGCUUACGUCGACGAUCACUUGCUGUGCGACAUCGACGGCAACCAUCUCGCCUCCGCUGCCAUCGUCGGACACGACGGCAGCGUCUGGGCUCAGAGCUCUAACUUCCCCAAGUUUAAGCCCGAGGAAAUUACGGCGAUCAUGAAAGAUUUCGAUGAGCCCGGGACUCUUGCACCGACUGGUCUGCACCUUGCUGGCACAAAGUACAUGGUUAUUCAAGGCGAGGGUGGAGCUGUUAUUCGUGGCAAGAAGGGCUCCGGAGGUGUUACUGUGAAGAAAACUGGCCAAGCUUUGGUUUUUGGUAUAUAUGAGGAGCCUUUGACACCAGGACAGUGUAAUAUGAUUGUGGAGAGGUUGGGAGAUUACCUGAUUGAUCAGGGUCUGUAGGAGCUCGUCUUUCACUGUCUGGAAUUCAAAUUUUAAGUUUUUUUUGGUUCCUGGUGUGGCCUUGAACUUGCAUUGGUGGUGUUGCUUAAAAUAACCGUGUGGACACAGAGAAGAAGAGUUGUGGUUCCUGGUAGGAUUUGAUUUUUUGACCCGAUAUCCUUGGUUUUCAUGAUUUAUGUAUUUUUAAUUACCCAACUGUUUGCUUGCUGAUGAUUUGAAUAUACCCGUGGAUUUCAUUAUGAUAAAGAGACAAGAUCUUGCAUUAGCUUAUCUGAUGGCAAAGAUCUUUAGUGGAG